GUGGAAAUAGAUGACGAAGAGGUCAAAUCAGCAAGUCGAUUGUGUUAUAAUUGCACUGAUAAAUAUGAUGGAUUUACAUGUCCAUUCCCGAUUCCCGAUUAGCAUCAGAAUCGACUAACAAAAAUGUGAACAGUAGUUUCGCAACGCGCGUUAGUUUAGCGAAGGAAACUCUCUGUUCAAGUUGUUACGCUUGAGCAAAGAUUACUGUGCUGGAAAUAGUAUUUGUUCCAUCCAUGUUAGUUAUGUUUUAAUAACGAGGUUUUAUUGCGAAUAACAAAAAUCAUCGAUACGAAAUAGAAGUGUACCGUGACAUGUAAAUUGUAGAAGUGUAGUUGACGGUUUUCGUUUUAAGACUGACUCUGAUGAUUCGCGACAUCAACUUUCUGCCUGUCUCGAGAAACACCAUGUUUUUUCAAUGAGGGCUUAUCGGCUCUACAAAAAGGGCUGACUCAGAAUAGUUGCUUGCUGCUAAUCGUCAGAGGAUGACGAAGAUCCUCCCUUUUGAGGAGGCGGAUUAUAAAAAACCCCGUGUUUAAAUAACUUUGAGAAAAAUCACGAAAGAGCUUAUUGCAUUGUUAUAUUCUAAUUAGAACUUAAAAUCUAUUUCUUCGCGACAAUCACGAAUGUGUGACGCAACAUUGUCUGUUGAAGCGUACAAAAAUAAUAACGAAACCAAUUACGUUGAGACAAUUAUAAAAUAAUUCGUUUGAACCAAAAAUUCGUACUGAACUGUGCCCUCCCGUUCAUUGGGGGGGGGGGUCAAACCUACGCAACAAGAGAGCUGGGGUCGUGGAUUCGUCGCUUAGUUUUUUGCCAGCAGUUAAUUGGCAACCCACUGUCAUGUAAUUAGAAUUCCAGAAUUUGAGUAAUUUGAUGUUUCGAAAAAUAUUAAAGAUGGUAGAAAAAUGAGAUUUUCGCAGACAGCCAAAUUGACAGUGAGAAGAAAAGAAGUGAAAAAGCACUCUUUACAGCAAAUGCAAUUUUCCAAAGAUUGUUAAUCAAGAGUCUUGGUCGCGAGUUCCACAAGUGAGUUUCAACGGAACACUUUUAUCGCGAGGACACCAUAAUUGCAUGGAAUACACACUCCAGCCGAAUAGUUGUUUACGGAUGAGACAGAAGUCCACGUUUCUUUUGGAAACUCGGGUCGCCGACUGUCUAUUUGUAAGAAAAGGAAAGUCUUUUCCUUGUUGCAGCAAGAUGUCAGGAUUUCUACUCCCUUUAUGCAUCCUCGCGAUAUACAGCCCGAUUUCCAGUGGGUCUGACUCGGUAGAGUCUAUAACAAAUAAAAGAGACGUAACAUCCUACCAAUCAAAGGCGGCUUCUUUGUGGAGUCGAGAUGCCUCAGAAUCAUCGAGGAUCGAGCCGUCGCACUACAGCAAACGUGCCACGGAAGAACUUCGGAAGAACCCAUCGCUGUCAACGCCUGGCGAAUGUGUCCGGGACUGCAAAGAGGGUGACCCACCCCGGACGUGUUAUUACCACUUCACCCUCGAACUCUACUCCGUCCUUGGAGGUGCUUGCGAUCUCUGCACUCCGAAUGCAAGCAACGCUAUCUGGAGCAGCUGCCAAUGUGUCAUGGCUGAUGGCGUUGAACGAGGACUCCUCACUGCCAACAGAAUGUUACCUGGGCCGAGUAUCCAGGUUUGCGAAGGCGAUAAAGUCGUUAUUGAUGUUGAAAACAAAAUGAUGGGUCUAGGGGUCACUCUCCAUUGGCAUGGCCUCUUCCAAAAAGGAUCUCAGUACUACGACGGAGUUCCUUAUGUCACCCAAUGCCCUAUUGCCUCCGGGAACACUUUCAGGUACCAAUGGAUGGCUGCAAUUGGAAACGCUGGUACUCAUUACUGGCACGCUCACACCGGUCUCCAGAGAAUGGACGGACUUUACGGCAGCAUAAUCGUUCGACAGCCACCCAGCAGAGAUCCCAAUAGCAACCUCUAUGACUACGAUCUUCCGACUCACGUUGUUUUGAUCAGUGAUUGGAUGCACGGAUAUUCCGCUGAAAAAUAUCCUGGACAUUAUCACGCCGACACAGGACAAGACCCUGACAACGUUCUCAUCAACGGCAGAGGACAAUUCAGAGACCCCCACACAGGAUCCAUGGCCAACACUACCCUGGAAGUGUUCACCAUUGAGCCCCAUCAUCGCUAUCGUUUCCGGUUGAUCAACGCCUUCGGUUCCGUUUGCCCGGCUCAAAUUACUUUCCAAGGUCAUCAGCUCACACUUAUCGCGACCGAUGGAGAACCCGUGCAUCCGGUGCGAGUCGACAGUAUCAUAUCUUUCGCGGGAGAGCGUUACGAUUUUGUUAUAAACGCUAAUCAAACCCCGGGAGCUUAUUGGAUUCAACUUCGCGCUCUCGGAGAAUGCGGAACCAAAAGGAUCCAAAAUUUCGCCAUACUCCGUUACGCUGAAAAACUUGAGCAGCCACGCUCCUCAGCCCCAAGUUAUGAUCGUGGUCUUCCGGAGGGUGUCGUUCUCAAUCCUGUGGACGCCAUUUGUCAUAUACCGCGGAAGGACGCUGUUUGCGUGAGCCAGUUGAAGAAUGCUCGUCCCAUUGACAAGGGCAUUCUUCAGGAACGUCCGGACGUCAAAAUAUUCUUGCCGUAUCGUUUCUACUUUUACAAACUCCACGAAGUCUUCCAGCCCAACACUUACAAUCGCUUCUUGGUUCCACCUCCUUCUACCCACCUGGAAUCUUUGGUCGACGGAAUAUCUUUCGCUAGUCCACCAGCUCCUCCGAUUUCCCAGAUCGAUGAUAUCCCACCGGAACAGUUUUGCAACGGCGACAAGAAGCCAGCUAAUUGUGGCACUAACUGCGUGUGUACUCACAAAAUCGAUAUUCCUAACAACGCAAUCGUCGAGGUUGUUCUAGUCGACGAAGUACAACAACCGAAUCUUUCGCAUCCGUUCCACUUGCACGGGUACACGUUCAACGUGAUCGGUAUGGGAAGAUCGCCGGACAAGAACAUCAAAAAGAUCAGCCUUAAACACGUGCUCGAUCUCGACGAGCGUGGACUAUUGCACAGGGAGUUCAACCUUCCACCUUCAAAGGAUACGAUCGCGGUGCCGAACAACGGUUACGUCUUGCUGCGAUUUCGUGCCGACAAUCCUGGUUAUUGGCUCUUCCAUUGUCAUUUUAUGUACCACAUAGUGAUCGGCAUGAAUUUAAUAUUCAACGUUGGCACGAACGCUGAUCUUCCACCAAUACCUUCAAAUUUUCCAACCUGCGGAAAUUUCCUGCCACCGAUAACGUCGCCGAAUUAGCCACGAAGGAAGGAAAAGUUGCCAAAUACUGUAACGUGUGAAUUCUUAAAUAAAAGGAAAACCCGAAAA